AUGACCAAAAGCAAUCCGAAUGUAAACAAUCCCCAUUUAAAUACCAUGACUUCAGAUUUUUUAUAUCACAUCAAUAUAAAUGUGGCGGAUACACAGAAUCCAACAGAAAUAAUACAGCAAUAUGGUGAUGUAAAGUUUGUUUGUCUGGGUGGUACCAAAAAUCGUAUGCUGGCCCUGGCCAAAUAUUUACGCCACAUACUUGGACUCGACGAUAAAGUAGGUGAGUUGGUGGAUAUUAGUGAAGCUGGAAAUCGUUAUGCCAUGUAUAAGGUUGGACCGGUCCUCUGUUGUUCGCAUGGUGUAGGUAUGAGCACCAUGAGUGUCCUUUUACAUGAAUUGCUGAAAUUGGUACAUUAUGCCCAGUGCAAAGAUCCGGUAUUUAUUCGUUUGGGCACCAGUGGUGGUGUGGGUGUGAAUCCUGGUACGGUUGUUGUAUCCAAGGAGGCAUAUAAUGGCUAUUUAAGGAAUGAACAUGAAAUUGCCAUUUUGGGCAAAAGGGUGGUACGCCCGGCCAUAUUCGACGAACAGGUUGCCCAAGAUCUAAUGAAAUAUUCCAGCUAUGAACGUGAUUAUGAAAUUAUUUGGGGUAAUACCAUGGCUGCGGAAUGUUUCUAUGAAGGUCAAGGUCGCCUGGAUGGUGCCUGCUGCGACUACACCGAAUCGGAUAAAAUGGCCUUCCUACAACAGGCCUUUGCAAAGGGAGUACGCAAUAUUGAAAUGGAAGCCACCAUGUUUUCGGCCCUUACCCGUCAUGUGGGUGUUAAGGCAGCCGAUGUAUGUGUGACCCUACUCAAUCGCCUGCAAGGUGAUCAGGUGCAUUUGACCAAGGAACAAAAGGAGGAUUUUGAACAGAGACCCUUCACAGUGGUCGGUGAAUAUAUUAGAAAUGUGUUGCAGCAGGGCAAGUGA